AUGGUGGCGAAGCAUGAGAACUGGAUGGCUCAGUAUGGCCGUGUGUACAAGGACACCACUGAGAAGGCACGUCGGUUCGAGGUUUUCAAAGGCAACGUCGAGUUCAUUGAAACAUUCAAUGCCCAGAAUCACAAGUUCUGGCUUGGCGUCAACCAAUUUGCUGAUAUCACAAAUGAUGAGUUCAAGACAACCAACACAAACAAGGGAUUCAAAGCAAACUCCAUGAGAGUUCUUUCUUCUGGAUUCAGGUAUGAGAAUUUGAGUUUGGAUGCCCUUCCAGCAACGAUGGACUGGAGGGCCAAGGGAGCCGUCACUCCUGUCAAGGAUCAAGGCCAGUGUGAUCAAGGCUGCGAGGGAGGACUCAUGGAUGAUGCCUUCAAAUUCAUUAUCAAGAAUGGAGGCCUUACUAUGGAGUCAAGCUACCCAUAUACUGCAGCUGACGGCAAGUGCAAGGCUGGAUCCAACAGUGUCGCAACCAUCACCGGCUUUGAGGAUGUGCCUGCCAAUAACGAGGGUGCCCUUAUGAAGGCGGUGGCAAACCAACCAGUGUCUGUAGCUGUGGACGGAGGAGACAUGACGUUCCAAUUCUACUCUGGUGGGGUGAUGACUGGGUCCUGCGGCACUGACUUGGACCAUGGAAUUGCAGCCAUUGGAUAUGGAAAGACUAGUGAUGGCACGAGCUAUUGGUUGAUGAAGAAUUCAUGGGGCACAACUUGGGGCGAAGAUGGGUACUUGAGAAUGGAGAAAGACAUUGCAGACAAGAAGGGCAUGUGUGGUCUUGCCAUGGAGCCUUCUUACCCAACAAAAUAG